CUCAGAGUCCACUCAGCCAUGGACUUUAGACCUGGAUAAGGGGAAAGAAGCUGCGCUUUGGUGUAUCUGAUUUGGGAUUCUGAGUUUUGGAAAUGGAGUGCCAGAAGGGGGUUUGAUGAUCUCCAGGGGAGCAGCUGAGAGAAGAGAAGAAAGGUGCAUGGCUGCUUCCUAGCCCCGCAGUAGGCGAGCCCCGGGCAGCCCCGGGCCCCACCCCGGCCGGCCUCCCCUGCGGGGGCCAGGAUGCUGAAGAAGCAGUCCGCAGGGCUGGUGCUGUGGGGUGCCGUCCUCUUCGUGGCCUGGAACGCCCUGCUGCUGCUCUUCUUCUGGACGCGCCCGGCGCCUGGCAGGCUGCCCUCGGACAGCGCUCUCGAGGAGGACCCAGCUGGCCUCACACGUGAGGUGAUCCGCCUGGCCGAGGACGCUGAGGCCGAGCUGGAGCGGCAGCGGGGGCUGCUGCAGCAGAUCCGUGAGCACCAUGCUCGCUGGAGCCGGCGGUGGCGGGCGCCCUCGGUCGCCCCGCCCGGGCCGCCGCGCCCGCCCGCGUCCACCGCGCCUGCCGUGAUCCCCAUCCUGGUCAUCGCGUGUGACCGCAGCACAGUGCGGCGCUGCCUGGACAAGCUGCUGCACUACCGGCCGUCGGCGGAGCUCUUCCCCAUCAUCGUCAGCCAGGACUGCGGGCACGAAGAGACUGCACGAGUCAUCGCCUCGUACGGCAGCGCCAUCACGCACAUUCGGCAGCCGGACCUGAGCAGCAUCGCCGUGCCCCCCGACCACCGCAAGUUCCAGGGCUACUACAAGAUCGCGCGCCACUACCGCUGGGCACUGGGCCAGGUGUUCCGCAUCUUCCAGUUCGCGGCCGCCGUGGUGGUGGAGGACGACCUGGAGGUGGCCCCGGACUUCUUCGAGUACUUCCAGGCCACCUACCCGCUGCUGCGCGCCGACCCGUCCCUCUGGUGCGUGUCGGCCUGGAACGACAACGGCAAGGAGCAGAUGGUGGACGCCGGCAAGCCCGAGCUGCUCUACCGCACCGACUUCUUCCCGGGCCUCGGCUGGCUGCUGCUGGCCGAGCUCUGGGCCGAGCUGGAGCCCAAGUGGCCACGGGCCUUCUGGGAUGAUUGGAUGCGCCGGCCGGAGCAGCGGCAGGGCCGGGCCUGCGUGCGCCCCGAGAUCUCCAGAACGAUGACCUUUGGCCGCAAGGGCGUCAGCCACGGGCAGUUCUUCGACCAGCAUCUCAAGUUCAUCAAGCUGAACCAGCACUUCGUGCCCUUCACCCAGCUGGACCUAUCCUACCUGCGACAGGAGACCUACGACAGAGUUUUCCUGGCCCGCGUCUACGCGGCGCCCCUGCUGCAGGUGGAGAAGGUGAGGACCAGUGAGCGCAGCGAGCUGGGGGAGGUGCGUGUGCAGUACACCGGCAGGGACAGCUUCAAGGCCUUUGCGAAAGCCUUGGGUGUCAUGGACGACCUCAAGUCUGGCGUCCCCAGGGCCGGCUACCGGGGCAUCGUCAGCUUCCUGUUCCGGGGCCGCCGUGUUCACCUGGCCCCCCCGCAGACCUGGGAGGGCUACGAUCCGAGCUGGAAUUAGCUGCUGCGCCUGUCCGCCCUUCUCCUGCUGGGCUCCUUCCUCGCCGCUUGGUGGGCUGAGACAGACCGAGCCCCUGGGCUGCAUCGUCUUCUCUGUGUCUCUUUUGGGUACAUUCCUUUUCUUUCUUUUUCUUUUUCUUUUUUUGAAUGGCAUUCGAGAGCACAGAGGAUGAGAUGAGGGUUAUUCUCCUGUUCUCAAGGGGGUCAAAUCAGGGGAACCUUGGUGGGGGUAUGUUGGGUGGUAUUAGCAGGAAGCCGCUGUGUGGCAGGGAGAGACUUGGGCAUGUUGGGGCCACAGACUCCCACGUUCCAGUUUUUCUCAGAGCAUCUGCUGAGGUGGGCAGCUUUAGCUGUCUUGACCAGCUCUCUUUCUCUUGUCCUGCCUCUUCUAGCCAGGGUGUGGGCUCACCUCCUGUAUCUGCUCCCCAUUCCCCCCUUCCCCCAGUUGAAGGGGUUGUUGGGUUCUUUGCAAAGGGGACUUACCUGUGGCCAGAGUGAGACUAACCAAAGGGGUGUCAUCAUCAGAGUCUGGGUGGAGCUCUUGGGCUUUCAGGGUUUACUGCUGCCCACCCCUGUUUCUCUUCUGCCCCUCUCCUAAUCCUGACCUCCUCUCUGCUCUUCUUUCCUUGCAGCUUAGCAGUGUGUGAUUCUAAGAUGAGAAGUGGAAGGGGAAAGCCAGACUUCUCCUCAGCUUAUCCACAGAAGUUGGGGUGGGAGGAGCGGAGAAUGUGGUAGGGAGAAAGCCUUGGUGUGCUGGGACAUGCCUCCCUCAUCCUGCCUCAAAGAAACAGACUCUGUCCUGGAUUCCUGGCCUUUCUAAAAAUUGACCCCUUUCCUGUUUUAGUAGGAGGUUUCAUGCUGGCUUUCUGGAAGACAGAUUAGCUCCUUAUGUCCUUUUUCCCAUGGGGUUUGGGACACAGGCCCCUCUCUGAAGGUUGAGGCCUCAGGUGGCCCUCUCAGGGUGAGGUGGAAAGAUAGCUCUUGCCUCCCUCCCCUGUCCACCGGGCAUUCCCCUGUCUGCUCCGAUUGAGGUGAGGAUGGCAGGUUGGAGAGCGAUGUAUGUGUGUUUGCUUCUGGCCUGACCUCAGUUCAUGGAAGAAAGUUGAAGCUACAGAAUUAUUUUCAAAAAUAAAGGCUGAAUUGUCUGAAAAA